AUGCAGCAGCGAAGGCGCUAUAUCCAUCCAUCGUCAUACCCUUCGCACGCGACGCCGAGCGCGGGACGACACUCGACCAGGUCCACCAAAAAUGCGCUCGCCGGCCUAGGCGGCGUUGGCAAGUCGCAGCUCGCCAUCGAGCAUGCCUACCGCACGCGCGAGCGGUCGCCGGAGACGUGGGUGUUCCGGGUGCAUGCCAGCAACGCCGCCCGGUUCGAGCAGAGCUACCGCGACAUUGCCGACUGCGUCAGCAUCUCCGGGCGACUGAAUCCCAGAGCCAACAUCUUCAAGCUGGUGCACGACUGGCUGCAUGGUAGCAAGGAGCAGUGGCUGCUCAUGCUGGACAACGUGGACGACGCUCGCUUUUUCGAUAGCCAGGCUCACGGCCAAGGACAGCCUGCCGACGACUCGAGAACCGCUUCCAGACCGCUGCGCACGUGCCUCCCGCGCUGCGAGCGCGGGUCGAUCCUCAUCAUACUCCUCUAUGUAAAUGAACCUAUCGUUAUUAAUGAAGAGCACAAAUGGCCCAUAACAACUUUCCCCAGCGGAUUCAGCGCGUUGUGGGGAUUGCGAUGCAGUGAUUGUUGGGGCAUGGUGCAAACGCCCUGA